AUGGAUGAGAUCGCCCCUGAAUAUGAUGUUGUUGUUCUCGGCACUGGCCUGACUGAGUGUGUGCUUUCUGGUGUUCUGAGUGUCAAGGGAAAUAAGGUUCUUCACAUCGAUCGCAAUGACCACUACGGAGGAGAGGCUGCUUCCGUGAACAUCGAAACACUUUUCAAGAAAUAUGGCAACGUCCGCCCCGGUGAAGAGCCCUGGAAGAAGUAUGGACGGGUCAAUGACUGGAACAUCGACCUGGUCCCCAAGCUGCUGAUGGCCAACGGCGAGCUGACGAAUAUCCUGGUUUCCACCGAUGUCACACGUUACCUCGAGUUCAAGCAGAUUGCUGGUAGCUACGUCCAACAAGGAAAGAGUCCUAAGGCCACUGUGGCGAAGGUUCCUUCGGAUGCCCAAGAAGCACUUCGCUCGUCUCUCAUGGGCAUGUUCGAGAAGCGGAGAGCCAAGAAAUUCCUCGAAUGGGUUGGCGAAUUCAAGGAGGACGAUCCUAGCACUCACCAGGGCUUGAACAUUGCUCAGUGUACCAUGAAGGAAGUCUAUGACAAAUUCAGCUUGGAAGAUAACACCCGUGACUUCAUUGGCCACUCCAUGGCCCUAUACCAGUCCGAUGAGUAUAUUGGAAAGAGCGGAAUGGCCGCCGAUGCCAUUAACCGCAUCCGCUUGUACGUGAACUCUAUGGCCCGCUACGGCAAGUCGCCCUACAUCUAUCCACUCUACGGUCUGGGCGAGCUCCCUCAGGGCUUCGCUCGUUUGUCUGCUAUCUAUGGAGGUACCUACAUGCUUAACACCAACAUCGAUGAGGUCCUCUAUGAGAACGGCAAGGUUUCUGGAAUCAAGGCGACCAUGAAGGAUCGGGAUGACAACGGCGAGACUAUGAAGUUCACCACCAAGACCAAGAAAAUUCUGGCAGACCCAUCUUAUUUCCCUAGCAAGGCCAAGGUUACCGGAUACUUGCUGAAGGCGAUCUGUAUCCUGAAGCAUCCCAUCGACAAGACGGACGGUAGCGACUCGCUGCAGCUGAUCAUUCCCCAGUCGCAGGUUGGAAGAAAGCACGAUAUCUACAUCGCUAUGGUUUCAUCGGCACACAACGUUUGCCCCAAGGGCUACUAUAUCGCUAUCGUCUCGACCAUUGCCGAGUCUGAUGCUAACCAUCACAUUGAGCUGGAGCCCGGCUUUGAGCGUUUGGGUGAAAUCGAGGAGAAGUUCUUUGGUCCCCCCAUCCCGCUCUACGAGCCUCUGGAGAGCGGUGAGAAUGACAACAUCUUUAUCUCCAAGAGCUACGAUGCUACAUCUCAUUUUGAAACCACAACAGCCGAUGUCCGUGACAUCUAUCGCCGUGCGACAGGUGAGGAGCUCGUCGUUGAAGGCCUCCGGGAGGAUCAGCGACUUGCCCAGGAGUAA